CUGCCUUGGACAAAAUCCAGCCGUGUUCGAGGAGGCGGGCUUCAUCGCCGAGUGACAAGAGGCUGCGACCAACCAGAAACCCAGCGGGGAGUUUACCUGUUGGAACCUGCAGGUGUGUCUUUGAGUUUCAUCCGUGAUUUCCCUGGCACGGAAACGGAUUCUAGAAUAGGAGUGUCCAAAAGGGACCCAGCCGGGGCUCCGAUCAUGGAGCCCAUUUCGUCCUGGAAUCCUAAAAUGGUGGCGGCCUGGUUGAGAGGAUUGGAUCCGGCGUUGCAAGACUACCCGUUUGAGACCUGGGGCCUGACCGGAAAUGAGCUACUUCGUGUGUCUUACCGGGACUUGGAGGAUCUGGGCGUGAGCCGUGUCGGCCAUCAGGAGCUGCUCCUGGAAGCCGUGGAACAUCUCUGCGUAUUGAACUACGAGUUGGCGACCUCCAACCUGCGGACGCUCACAGAGAAGCUUCAAGGGGUCAUUCAGACGCUGCAAGUUUUCAUCCUGAGCCGCAGAAAAGUGAGCACCUACAACGGGGAUUCUCUGGAGAGGCCGCCCUCGGACCUCCUGGCUUGUGUGGCGGAGCUGAUCAGUGCAGCCAAAGGCCUCUUCUUAUGGCUCAACAGGUAUCUCUUCUCCCACCUAAAUGAUUAUUCUGCCAGCCGAGAGAUCAUCUGGCUCUGUGGAGAUCUGGCAGAGAUCGUGCAGAAGGAUUGCACUGUGUCUGAGAGGGAAGAUCGAAUUCUACUGCUCGGAAGAUACAUCUCGGGCAUCUGUGAGCAAAUCUUGAAUUACAGCCCAGCUGACCUCCUCAAUCAAACAGCUGUCUUGGAGACGGUGGAGCUUGUGCCGACGGGGCCAGAAGACAGCUUAGGCAUUGAGAUCAAGUCCUCGCCCUCCUGUCUCCAUUUCAUCUCAGGAACUGCCCCUGAAUCUCCAGUUGAGCACUGCAGCAGGGUCCUCCCAGGAGAUGAGAUAGUGGAAGUCAACGACCAGGUGGUGGUGGGCUGGACCCGUAUGAAUCUGGUGAAGAAACUUCUUGAGAAGUCAAGCCAAGUGUCGCUGGUGCUGAAGAAAGUCCCGCUUGUUUGUUCAGGGUCCCCUAUUUCCCCCGGAUCGUCUCCUCAGCAGCAGGCGCUAGACAGUUUCUUGGAUACUUUGGAGCCACUAAGCUUGAGGAGUGAUGAGUCUCCGACACGUUCUGCUUCCUCGAAUUCCAGCAUGACUGCUGAGCUGGAAGGGAGCUGGAAUUCUGUGUCAGAUCUCCCUGCUGAGGAAGAAGAGCAGGAAGGAAUUGAUUCGAGGCAUCCGAGCGGCAACACCUGUGAGCCUACAGAGCGCCGUUCCAGAGCAGGGGCUGACGCUGAGCUGGAAAGGCAGGGCCUUGAGGCAAAUUUGGAGGGGUGCAAGUCCCCAGAUGCUGCCACUCCUACUAAACCCAGCAUGCUGGAACUUGGACUGCAGGACUCCUCGAGCCCCGGGAAUGGGUUUGUCAGAGGAAGCAGGGGCCUGGGAUCAGCAGACUCUUCCAAAGAGGGCAGCGUUGAAUAUCGACGAAAGCAAAAAGGAAUGGCCACCAGGCUAAGCCGGCGGCGGAUCUCCUGCCAGGAACUGGGCCAGGUGGACUGCGACGGUUGGCUCCUGAAGAAGAAAGACCACGUGGGCUUCAUGGCCCAGAAAUGGAAGCGGUUCUGGUUUGUGCUGAAAGGGCAGACCCUCUACUGGUACAGCAAUCCCAACGACGAGAAAGCUGUAGGGCUAAUCAAUGUGUCGACCUACAGGCUGGAAAGCACACGAGAGCAGAAAAAGAAAUAUGUUUUCCAGCUCACUCAUGAGAAGUACAAGCCCUUCAUCUUUGCAACGGAAACCCUGGCUGACCUGAGCAUGUGGGUCAGCCGUUUGAUAACGUCAAUGAUGAAAUACACUCCAGUCCUCCAGUAUGUUCCACACAGGCAAGAAGAUUGCUACAGUGAAACAGAAGCAGAGGAUCCCGAAGACGACUCUCCUCGACAUAGCUUUGAUCUGCCAAAGCGGAGGGAGUGGGAGAAAGAUCUACCGCUAACAGGUGCCACCGGGAGUAAUGGAUCCCCAAGUGGGAGCCCCCUGGCCAGCCCCUUCCCACAGCCAAAGGUGGACGAGAGCGCAGCGACUCCUUCUUCGACAGACCCUGCAGGAGAAGAGCUGGAGUCGCUGAUCAAGUGCCUGAAGCAAGGCGGCGUGUCUCUCAUUGGGAAGCAGCAAGUGUUCACCCGCGAAUACUAUCGGAAAUCCUUCGUCAAACGCAACAAAAACCCGGAGAUCAACGAGAAGGUGCAUCUUGUCCGGACCCUUCAAAGCACGCUCAAGGCAAAAACGGCUGAGCUCCAGCUACUCGAUAUUCUCCUGGACGACUCUGAACUGACCUCCGAGAAAUUCAGACACUGGAAAGAACAACAUCAGGAGUUGUACCAGGAAACUCAGGCGUGGUGGGCCAAAAAGAUUAGCCAAGAGAGUAGCACAAGAACUGACUCAGUCUCAGAUGUCAACCCAGUGGAGGAAGAGGAGGAGGAGGAGGAGGAGGCAGCUCCAUGAACUCUGUCGGCAGGCUACGCGGACUGUGGGUGUUAAAGGACUACAGACCGUGGUGCAGUUAGGUAAUUUUAGAUCUACUGGGGUCCUCCUGUUUCAAUGCCAAUCUGUACUGCUUUGCUUCAGGAUGCGGCAAUCCAGCCCUGCUGUCUUUGGGGGCCAAUCCUCGUUCCAUUGAGAGGGCCCUGGACCUCUUCCCAAAUUCCUGCUCUGUUGGUGUCACUGGCCUCAGAUGGCCCCUUCCUCCUAGAGAGCUGAUUGAAUAACGAAGAACCCGCUGCUGAACUGAGAGCGAAAGAUGGCUUGGCUCGUUGCGUGGGGAACAUCUUUAAUUUUUAUUUUUUUAAAAAGAUGGAGACAUUCUGACCAUGCAAGAAGAAGCCCAGCAUGGCUGUCUAUGGAUAAACAUACAGACGGGAUGAAAAGGUCGAGAUUCAAACAUGGCCUUUCCCUUCAGAGGUCUCUGGAAACAGCAGUUCCUCCAACGCGUUUCAAGUUGGAACUCUUCCUUAGGUGUAUUUAAUAACUAAAAAGACAUCAGAGUAAAUCAGAAGUCUGAAACGUUACGGGUGACAGGUGGCUUCGGGAACCAGCUUCAGUUAACAGAAGCGGGAUCGGCGUGUACGGAUGCAUGAUGUUUACUACUUCUACUAAUAAAGGGUUCAGGCAGGUUUUUAAAAA